AUGUCUUACUCUGAUACGCCCUUCGUCGACAGUCAAACAGUUCUAGGCCCACGUCCACGGUCAGACGAUGUUCCAUGUGGCACUACCAGCGGCGAAGACGACAACCGGCCAUGUAAAAGGCAAAAGACGGAAGGCGAAGCCAUGACGCUCACCACCUCUCACGAUGAGACACGGGUCACACCCACGAUGAACAGGGUCCCAAGCUCAUCCAAACUUGAAACACCUUUCACCGCCGAUGUCGCAUAUGCCCCCGACACCACACCCGAUGCCCUGUACGCCGCCGCGAACCUGCCAGCCACGUAUGGACAUCAGCCGAUCAUCUCAGUACAUGAGAGGAUUAGCGACGCGUACAAAAUUCUUACCGGACGCAUAUCCCUGCGCAAAGUCGACUACUACCGAGCGCGCAGGGUGCAGGAGGAUGUCAUGCGGCUCGAUGACUGCUGGAUGAGAUAUCAGAGCGCAGUCGAAGCCGUAGGUGGUGAGGUCGCGGACUGCUGGUUCCUCGCAGGCAACAGGCCAGAGGCACUUGCGAUUAUCAUGGAGCAAUACGAGGAUAGUGAUGCUAUGGAUGGACAGCAUGAGUCCGUCUAUUGGGACUGGUACCCAGAAGGUGAUGCACCAUCGCAGGAAGAGAUGGACCAGUGCAUCGACGAAGUGAGCCGAGUCUGGGGCAAACUCGGAAGGUACAAGCUCGCAAUCACAACGGCGGAAUAUGCUGCUCGUUUUCCGCAAGACGAGACAGCGCCGAUCGGCAUCAGUCAGCCUCGCGACAUCCAAAUCAAAGUGACACUGCCGCCAGAUGAAGAAUCUACUACCGAUACUCAAAAGCGGAGGACUCACCGUCAGGACCUCUCGUAUCUGACAACGACGGACCGGGAUAUCCAUCCCACCGCGAUCCAGGUUGAAGAUCAGAGGCGGCGUGAGGAAGAGUGGUUGGAGCGGGUUGCCACCAUGGUGUCGGAGGCGGCAGAAGGUGGCGAGGAUGAUGAUGAUGAUAUAGACGAGUACAUUUGA